UGAUCCAAAAAGGCAGCUACUUCGAAAAAGCUCACAUAUAGUCUAGCUCAAGCUCAGGCCAUCGAAAAAAGGCCUGUCCGCAGAGCCGAGGCAGGUGAUUUUUUUUGGGAAUUAGAAGCGCGUAGACAGAGUACUGAACUUGGAGUCUGCGGUCGGUGAAUAAUGUCUUCCGGCGUUUGCCGUCCGAAGGACACCCGCUGCGUUCCACUCCUGCCCAUCGCCCAUCGUCGAUUGUUCUCUGCCUAGAGCGCCUUUUGACUAUUGGACGAACACACCGCGCUCUUUUGGUGUCGCUAGUGCUGCGAGCUACCCUUCCAAAAUUUCUCAAGAGUUGUUGCUGUGAGCACUGCAUCGGUAUUAUCUAACACGUCCUCUCUCCCGGGUUGGCCAUCGCGUGCGGAUGCACCGAUGUACUACUCCCAACCUCGACCACAAAGCCCAGGACGCCCCUUGCAGUACAGUGACCCUUCUGCACAAUGGUCGCGUUUGCAACACCCUAUGCUCACCCAACCAGGUGUCCAGCAAGGGCAAGGUGUUGGAAUGCCCUCCCAAUCUCAGGGCUACGGUCUUGUCCAUCCCUCAAUGGCUUUACUCCGAUUACGCACUACCACCAGUCGCCGGCUGGUCCGCACUCCCAGCCUCAUCGAGCAGCAGCAUCGCCUCCAGUUGCGACUGCUGUCGCACAAAUACCAAAACAUUGGCAAUCUCAACUCGACCAUUAUGAUGCCUGCCGGAAGGCAGGGGCUCCGCACACGCGCGCACGAAAUGCAACAUCCAAUACCCGCAAUGCGAGUAAGGGUGUCGCUAUAACUGACCCUAACCGAAUCACUCCGAAACUUCAGAAUGGCAUCCCCAACGACGACACGGCGCCAAAGGAAACAAACGACGACGAGCCGACGGUUGAAGGACCUGAAGGACAUCCGUCAUCGACUGUUGCGCCCGUCAAAUCACCAACCUUAGCCCGGCCUGCCGUUUCUCGAAAAGCUGAAAACACUUGGAACGCCUUAGAUCUUGGAGGUAUGCGGCUCAAGAAUCUGGCCCCGACAUUGUUCCAUUUCCUCCACCUUACCACACUCUACCUCAACCAUAACCAACUUACCCACAUCCCUUCCGCUAUCUCGCAUCUUCGCAACCUUGCUCUUUUGGACCUUUCCGCCAACCAGUUGGAAGCACUCCCCCAGAACUUGGCAUGUACCUUACCACCUGAGAUUGGAAGUCUUCAUCAACUCCGGAUGCUUGGAAUCGAAGGCAACCCCCUUCAAGCGUCAUUGAUGCAGAUCAUGCAAGAACGGGGCACACAAGCGCUCAUCGCCCAUCUUCGAGAUAUGUGUCCCGUUCCAAUGCCACCCCCCGAAAGAGCAUGGCGGAUCCUUCAAUCAGGAGCUGAGAGAAAGGCUCAGGAUGACUCAGAAACUUUUACAGUCUUAAGUUACAACAUUCUUUGGGAGAAAGCAGCCACUUCGACGAUGUAUGGGUAUACACCCUCCUGGGCCCUUUCCUGGAACUAUCGUAAGGAAGUCAUCCUCACGGAGCUUAUGAACCACGAUCCAGACUUCAUGUGUCUGCAGGAAGUAGAUUCUGCGCAAUAUGAGGAAUACUUCUUGCCUCAUUUGGCUGAGCGAGGCUACGAAGGCGUAUAUUCUCCCAGGGGCCGCGCUCGCAAUCUAUCGGAGAACGAACGGCGAUCAGUGGAUGGUUCGGCUACGUUUUUUAAAUCUGCCAAAUAUCGCCUUGUAAAGCAUUCGACCAUCGAUUUUGCUCAAGUUGCUAUUCAGCGCGAUGAUUUCCUCAAGAACAAUGACAUGUUUGAUCGUUUACUUGCCCGUGAUCAUAUCGCUCUCGUUACGCUCAUGGAGAAUAGGAAGACGGGCGGCCGUCUCAUUGUCGCCAACGCCUACCUUCUUUGGGACCCGGCCUAUCGCGACGUGAAGCUCAUUCAGACCGGGAUUCUCAUGGAGAUGCUGAAGGAAAUCGCUGACUGGUUCGCACGAUAUCCACCCCGUCCACCCUCCGAACGCGAACCUGAUCCAGAUCCAUCCAAUCCGCUACCGCCGGACCCAACGUACGCGAAUGGGAAGGAAAUACCUCUUGUUCUUGCCGGUGACUUCAACUCAAUACCGGGCAGUGGCGUCUACGAUUUCCUGUUGGAAGGGCACGUGCCAAGCAAUCACCCAGAUUUCAUGGAUUACUCCUAUGGCAAGUUCACAGCCGACGGAUUAAGGCAUGACUUUGGGUUAAGGAGUGCCUAUGCGGGCAUUGGCGAGUUGCCUCUUACUAAUCACACGCCUAGCUUUGAUGGGGUUAUCGAUUACAUCUGGCACGCCACCUCAACGCUUGCAGUAAAUGCCGUACUGGGAGAAGUUGAUCAGGAGUAUCUGUCCAAGGUCAUUGGGUUCCCGAACCCCCACUUUCCCUCUGACCACAUUUGUGUCAUGUGCGAGUUCCGCCUCAAAAAGGACCAGACCCGCUCGGCCCCUCCUGCACCUUCACUGAACGGGAACCCUUAGCACUUUAAAUAGCACUUGCACAUUCCUUAAAACAUGUUUUCUCUUGCUUUAUCCUUGCCUCGCCCCCUAAAUGCCUAUUGGUUGUAUUUUUCCUAUUCUUCUUCAAUUAGGCGUUAACGAUCCACGCGUUUUAAUACUACAUUUUAUAUGCGUUCCAUUCUAUCACACUCAGGUUCCCAUAAAAGCAAUUCUGGCUGUAGCUCCCUCUGUGUGUAUGAUCUAACGUUGUUUCGGUAUAAAGCCUAGGACAGUUCUUACUUUUUGCAACUCCGUGUGCCUCAU